UUUCAAUUGUUCAUUCCGCAUUUCACAAUGAUCAAGUCCGUUGCACUCCUCGCUCUUAUAUUCUCUGCAGCAAUCGCUGUACCAACCCCAACGGAACUUGUGCCUCGGGCCUGCACUACUCUGGCUCCUUCUAUCAUUGAUGUCCUGGAUGCCGCAAACCCAAACACUCCGAGCCCCGGCCAGCAAUUUACCCUCGAGCGCAGCGGCUCUCCUCUGAAGAACAACAAGAUCGCUGCGCUGACCUUCAACAACAUCCCAGCCGGCGCAACAGGCUGUAGACUUGAGCUUGGAUUUCCCCCGCUGAGCGAAGGCCAAAUCGCCCCCAGAGACAUCCAAGCAGACAUCUGGUCGACCGAUCCUUGGGACAGCAGCUCGUUGCCCACCUAUAACCAUCAGCCAAAUAAGAGGGAAAUGGUCGCAACCACUACCUUCCUGAAGGGACCAACCCCACAGGCCAGCCAUACUGUGUUGGCAUCGAACACAUGCUCAUCCACCAUGAGCUGGCUGGCACUGUUGAGUGAAUGGCAGAACUUCCCCGGGAGUGUCAACUUCCAGAAUUCCAUUGGUAACGGGGCAGAAUUUGGGUUUAGUUUGGUCUUCAAUUGUUGAGUGUUGGCUGGCCAAAGUUGAAUAUUGCCUUGCGUGAACAGGAAUGCUAAUCUGUCCCUGGUGCUGCUUGAGCAACUC